CGUGUGGGACGCGCCCCUGAUUUCCCCGUGUGGUUCUGUGCUGCGGUUCGGUGUGGUUCUGUGCGCUGUUGGGUUCGGCCGGUUCGGACGGGUCUGUUGAUUUUAGUCCGGCGGAUAAAAUGAGCUGAAAAUAUGAAGUUCUGGUAUCGUAAUCUAAAGAAGAUUUUACCCAGAAUUCCAAAGGAGCAGAGAAAUGCUUGAUCAGCGAAUCCAGACCAGGAUUUAUAUCUGUACGGUUCUGAGGCUGCAGUAGGAGCGGUUCUGGUCCGGGUUCUGGUCGGGGUUCGGGUUCGGGUCAGGAUGCUGUCGGCUCUGAAGAAGCUGGUCGGUUCAGAACCGCCGGUUCCGCCGAGGGAGAAGAACAUCCCGGCGGGUCUGCAGUCCAUGAACCAGAGCCUCCAGAGACGCUUCGCUAAAGGAGUCCAAUACAACAUGAAGAUCGUGAUCCGGGGCGACCGGAACACCGGGAAGAGCACGCUGUGGCAGCGGCUGCAGGGCGGGAAGUUUCAGGAGGAGUACAUUCCCACUCAGGAGAUCCAGGUCACCAGUAUCCACUGGAACUACAAGACUACAGACGACGUGGUGAAGGUGGAGGUUUGGGACGUUGUGGAUAAAGGCCAAAAAAUUCCUCUUCCUGAAGGUGUAGGAAAGAGUAAGAAACGAGGCGACGCCCUGAAGCUGGAGAACGAACCACAGGAGGCGGAGAGCGAGAUUGCUCUGGACGCAGAGUUUCUGGACGUGUAUAAAAACUGUAACGGGGUGAUCAUGAUGUUCGACAUCACCAAGCAGUGGACGUACAGUUAUAUCCUGCGAGAGCUGCCCAGAGUUCCCACUCAUGUUCCAGUCUGUGUUCUGGGAAAUCACAGAGACAUGGGGGAACACCGGGUCAUCCUGCCUGAUGACAUCAGAGACUUUAUCUCCGGCAUGAACAGACCGCUGGGCUCCUCCUACAUCCACUACGCCGAGUCUUCCAUGAAAAACGGCUUCGGACUGAAGUACCUCCACCGCUUCUUCAACAUCCCCUUCCUGCAGCUUCAGAGAGAGACGUUGUUACGGCAGCUGGAGACCAAUCAGCUGGACAUGGACGCCACGCUGGAGGAGCUGACGGUCCAGCAGGAGACAGAGGACCAGAACUACGACAUAUUUUUGGAGAUGAUGGACAGUCGGUCUAAAGGCUGCGUCUCUCCCGGCGCUGAUAACGGACAGAGCCCGUCCUCAGGCUCUCAGUCCCCCAUGGUGGCGGCGGGUGGCAGCUCUACCGGCAGCUCCAGUCCGGGUACGCCGCAGCAGCCUGCCGGCCCGGCUCAGAGCCCUCAGUCCCCCUCCCCCUCUCCUCCACCCCUCCUCCCCUCCACCCAGACCCAGGAGAGACCCGCCCCCUCCCCGGCCCCUCCCACUGCUGCCCCGGCCCCCGCCCCCUCCCCGGCACCGGCACCGGCCCCCUCUCCGGUUCCGCAGCCACAGAAACGCAGCUUCAUCUCCCGGCUGUUUGGAUCAAGCCCUGCCCCCGACCCGCUCGCACCAGAACCAGAGGCGGAGUCAGGGGCUCCUGAAGCCCCGCCCACAGUUCAGAGUGUGGAUGAUUUUGUACCUGAUGACGGAUUGGAUAAGAGUUUUCUGGAGGACAGCAUGAGCUCUCCGCCGCCGCCGGCCGGGCCGAACAUCGACAGUGAUGGUGAGGGUGGGGGUGGGGGGGGGGACCCGAUGGUUGCUGGGUAUCAGAUUGAUUUGGAUCUGGAUGAUUCUGAUCUCAGAGCUCCGGUUCCGGACGUCACGCUCUCCAGUGAUGAGGAAGUGGGCGGAGCUCCACCGGUUGUAACUCAGGACGAGGAUGUGGAGUUCCCGCCCACUGACCCGCUGGAGGAUUUGAGCUCAUUAACUCUGGAGGAAAAACCCAAACCCACGGAGCCUAACAUACUAAUCCCAACACCCGCACCCUCCACACACACUCCCGCACCCUCCACACACACUCCCGCACCCUCCACACACACCCCCGCACCCUCCACACACACUCCCGCACCCUCCACACACACUCCCGCACCCUCCACACACACCCCCGCACCCUCCACACACACUCCCGCACCCUCCACACACACUCCCGCACCCUCCACACACACUCAGGUACACACGCCUGCACCAGCUGCCGGACCGCAGGUUCAACACUGCAAGAAGAAACCGGUUCCGGGCGACUCGUCCGAUACCGACCCGGAGGAACCGGCGGCCCAGAUGCUCUCCUUCAUCAUGGACGACCCGGACUUCGAGAGCGAGGAGGAGCUCGUCCAGAAAGUGAACAAGGAGGAUUUUCCGGUCCGGGUCGAUCUCUCCGAUAUCUCGGAUGAAGAGCUCGUCCCGGCGAAAGUGUCGGAACCCCAGAAAGUUCCGGUUCGAUCCUUCAAACAGAAAAACGACAGCGACCUGUUCGGCCUGGGCUUCGAGGAGAAGAGCCUGAAAAACAGAGACAGCAGCGAAGAGCAGGAAGAAAAAGAAAGCAGACACUCCGUAAAAGAAAAGAAAAGAAAGAAGAAGAAAACUAAAGAGGACGAAGAGAAAAGCAGCAAGAAGAAACAUAAACACAAGAAGAAAGAGGAGGAGGCUGGAACCGGAGAGGAGAAGAAGAAGAAGAAAUCUCGCAGUAAGAAAUCCGGAGAGCUGGACGACCUGGAGGCGUUCCUGGCCGGGGGGGCGGGGUCAGCCAGGAGGGAGGAGGGAGACUACGAGGAGCUUUAGUCCAGAAGUUCUGGACCGAGACUUUAUUUGCUGCUGACGUCAUCAAGUCCUCGCCAGGAACUCGGUUCCUCAUUUCCACGCCAACAUUCGGAUUUAAACGACAAAACAGAAAAAAGACCGAAACGCUCUGAUUUCACUUCCGAUUUCCACCACAAGGGCCAGCGAACAUCUUCCGGUGCUCAAACUGCAAUAAGUGUAGAAGCCAUCAAAACCUGCUGCUUUCUGCACGUGCAAAUUCUGCCUUUUUAUUAUUAUUUUCUUUUUAUUAUUAUUAACCAGGUAGCUGCUGUUUUUUGACUGUUGUACGUUUUGGGGGUGAAGAAUGUUUUCCCUGUAAUCAAUUAACACAAACUCCGCCCACAAUCCAAACCCCACCCAUAAAUGCAUUCUUUUCAAAUUACUUAUGUGAGGUUGAGCAAGAACUGGAUAUUUAAUUUUUUACACUGAUCUAUUAGAGAGCGUGUUUAUCUAAAGCUGUCGUUUGGGCUGGGCUCGGGUUUGGAGGUGGUUCUGGGUGAAGGUGGUUCUGGAGGUGGUGGUUCUGGUUCUGGUGGUUCUGGUUGUGGUGGUGGUGGUUCUGGUUCUGGUGGUUCUGGUUGUGGUGGUGGUGGUUCUGGUUCUGGUGGUUCUGGUUCUGGUUGUGGUGGUUCUGGUUCUGGUGGUUCUGGUGGUGGUGGUUCUGGUGGUUCUGGUUGUGGUGGUGGUGGUUCUGGUUCUGGUGGUGGUGGUUCUGGUGGUGGUGGUUCUGGUGGUUCUGGUUGUGGUGGUGGUGGUUCUGGUUCUGGUGGUGGUGGUUCUGGUGGUUCUGGUUGUGGUGGUGGUGGUUCUGGUUCUGGUGGUGGUGGUUCUGGUUCUGGUGGUGGUGGUGGUUCUGGUGGUUCUGGUUGUGGUGGUGGUGGUGGUGGUUCUGGUGGUGGUGGUUCUGGUUCUGGUUGUGGUGGUGGUGGUUCUGGUUCUGGUGGUUCUGGUUCUGGUGGUUCUGGUUCUGGUUGUGGUGGUGGUGGUUCUGGUGGUGGUGGUUCUGUGGUGGUUCUGGGUGAAGGUGCUGUACACUGUCUUUACUGCACUGGUCUGUGAGCGACUGACUGAUAUUUUUACUGGUUUAUCUGGGAUUGUAAUGGUUGGUGUGUCUGUAGGUUUUAGGAGAGAAAGAGUUGAAAUUAAUUCAGAUUAUGAAUAUGAUUAUUAUUAUGAAUAUGAUUGUUUAUGUCUGAGGUCAUUAAUAAUAAACAGGGCCGCUGUAUUCUAUAUAAUAAAACUCUGUUACACUCAUAAGUGCAAUGAACUUUUCACCUUUUUUCUGUUAUUAUUAAAUAUAUGAGUUAAAUAAAUGAGUUUGUGCUGCUCGGAUUUAUUCUGACUUUAUUAGUUAUUAAACAACCGUUUACUGGCAAUAAACAGAGCACCUCCGAACGGACACGCCCACUGACUUCCUUUCAGACUGUAGAUACCCAGCAGCAAUGUGGUUAUUGUGGUUAUUUUUUUUUUUUUUAAGUUGAUUUCUGUUAUUUUAUUUUAAUGGUGUACGGUUUGACUCUGUGCUGUUUAUAAACUGGUUUAUCAGCAAUGCUAUAAAAAUACAGCUAAAAUCA